AUGAAUGGGGACGAUGAUGCUGGCCCAUACGGGGCUGGGUGCCGUGCCUUCACGGCCGACCUCCGUCGGGUCGACUGGCCAAACAAGUUCCAGCCUAAGAUCCUGGAGAAAUACGAUGGCACCAUCGACCUGGAGGAGUUCCUCCAAAUCUACAUGACGUCCAUUCAGGCUGUCGGGGGGGGGGGGGCAAAAGUCAUGGCCAACAACUUCCAUGUCACCCUCCGAGGGUCGGCACGGUCGUGGCUCAUGAAUCUCCCUGCAGGAUCUGUUCAUUCAUGGGCAGAUCUGAGUGAGCAGUUCGUCGCCAACUUUGCGGGUUCAAUUACCCGACCGAGCAUGGAGAGCGAUCUCCACACCGUUCAUCAGCGUGAUGACAAAACGCUACGGCAAUACAUCCAGCGUUUCAACCAAGUCCGCAACACUAUCCCUCUCAUUCCCCCGACCUCGGUGAUACUCACCUUCAAGCAAGGUCUCCCUGACCAGCGGCUGAGGGGAAAGUUGGGGAUCCACAUCAUUGAGACGGUGGCAAAACUGUUUGCCCUGGACGACAAGUACGCCCGGGAGGCUGAAGCUCAAGCCCUGCCUCCCCCACGGGAGACGACUGCCCAGCAGGAAGAGAAGCAUCCCCGACCCGGCAAGGGCCAGGGGAAAAAAGAACAAGAGAAAAGUUGUUGCCGCGCUGGGUCUGGAGGGCCGUAA